UUCCUACAUAUGCAGGAAGCAUUUCCUGAGGCUCGAGGUCACUUUUUGGUGCAAAACAUGUUUUAGCGCCUGGCUAUAACGAGCCAAUAAAGAAAGAGUAGAGAGAGGGGGAACUGUUUCGAAAGGGUUGCAGUCGAUAGUUUUAAAAAGAGGUAACAACACUGUGCCGAAGACAGUUGCCAUCAUGAUGUCCUGCAGGGUAUGCCUCGUAUUGUUGGUGUCUGCAAUAUUGUGCAGCAUCGUGGUAGAGUCAUGUGAUGAGGUCAACCUCUGCACCGCGGAAGAAUGUAAAACUGCCCCCUUGUGUCAAACAGACGAAGAUCAUGAGCACAAAUGCGUGAAGCAUGAGGAAGGCGGGACAACUUGCUACUGCUUCCCUCACUGCGUAGAGAACAUUAAACAAUGCGAAAAGAGUACGAUAUGUGACAGUGUCCGUUGUGCGUACUACCCAUCCAAUGCCACCCAUACUUUUGUCCAUCCAACUGGAAAGUGCAACUGCUGCGGUGAACUGCUCGAUAACUGUGAGCUGCAACAGCUGAUAUCUGAGGGUUGUCAGGACUUUUAAGAACGCCGACUACUUCGCCUUCUUAUACACGAAAUAAAUACGUUUCGUAUAGAGCUUUA